CUUCUUCGUCCUAACUUUUCUUCUUGUUCUUCUUCUUCUUCUGUAAUAAGCUAAAACCCUCAACAACAAAAAAAACUGUUUGAUUUUCACUAUUUUUUAGUUCAAAAAUUUGAAGCUCUCUUCUCAAAACGAAGUACCUUUAAAGCAGGGUUCUUACUUAAUGACUGAAAAAUCUGAGGCUGAGGGUAUUGACCUCAAUUCCGGCGUCGUUUCAAGUGAGCUUGUAAAUGGGGUUAAUGUAGCUAAUAACCAAUCAGGAGCUGUAAUGGAGGUCAGCUUGAAUGGAAAAACAAACGAGGUCAAGGAUGGCGGUGUAUGCAAGGAGAGCUUAGAGAGUGAGGUGAAUGGUGCUGAGAGCGAGAAAAUGGUAGAUUUUUCUUCCAAAGAAGAAGGUACAGAUUGUGAUGGAAAAGUUGGAGUUUUAUUGGAUUGUACGGAAGCUGGAGAAGCCAUUGCUGCAGGUGAAGUUCUUUCGAAGAGUGUGGACAUGGGAUUAGAUGAAGAAAGUCAUGAAGGUGAGGAUUUGAUGGGAAAUGAUAAAGGAAAAGGAGGUGCUUUUAAAGCUGAAAAAGAAAAAGGAAAGGAGAAAGCUAUUGAUGAGAUGGAGAGGAAUGAAGAUGUGGAGAAAGGUUUAGUUGAUGAAACUUCGGAUAAAGGGGCUUCUGUUGUGGACAAUCCAAGUUCAAAUGUCGAAAAUUCGAGCCUUUCUGAAACUCUUGAGGCUGCAGAUUCUGUUUCUGAUGUUGUUAAGCCUCAAUCUCCUGGAACUACUGAAUCUGCAGAGGGUUUAAUACACCAUGCUGUGGUUGCGGUGUUAGAGAAGAAAGCUGAGUUUUUUCCCCCAAAAGACAGCGAGACUGAGCUAUCUGAAGGGAUACAAAAGGAGGAGCUGAAUUUGAAAGUUCAUUUAGAGGCACAAAGCAAGGAAGACAUGACAAAAGCCUGUUUUUCAGAAACACAGGCUUCCAAGAGUAGUGAGAACGAAUCUAAAUCUUUCAAUAUCAUCAUCGAUUUAAGCCCACGAAUGUAUUCUAGAGGGAAUGUUGAAUCAGCUACCUUGAAACCAGAAUUCGCUAUUGGUGAUUUGGUAUGGGGAAAAGUGAGGAGUCAUCCAUGGUGGCCUGGUCAGAUUUGUGACCCUUCAGCCGCAUCACGAAAGGCAAAGAAGUAUUUCAAAAGAGACGGCUUUUUGAUAGCCUAUUAUGGAGAUCAUACAUUUGCUUGGAAUGAUGUGUCACGGAUGAAGCCGUUUCUUACACAUUUUUCUCAAAUGGAGAAGCAGAGCAAUACUGAAGAUUUCCAUUAUGCACUUGAUUGUGUAUUGGAGGAGGUUUCAAGACGGGUUGAGUUUGGGCUGGCGUGUUCUUGCAUACCUAAAGAAGUAUAUGCCAAGCUUAAAACUCAGAUAAUUAUCAAUGCUGGUAUACAGGAUGAUAAAUGUAGGAUAGAUGGUGGAGAUAGGUCUUUAACUGUAGCUUCAUUUGAACCUAGUAAGCUUGUUGAGUAUGUUAAAGAAUUAGCUCAAGUCCCAUAUGGUGGAACUGAGAAGCUAGAACUCGCUAUUGCACAGUCACAGUUAUUGGCCUUCAAUCGUUUGAAGGGUUAUUCCCAGCUGCCGGAAUUCAUCAUGCUUGGUGGUCUCUUGGAGAAUGAUGCUGACAUUUUUCCAUCUGAAGAGAAGCAGCAUUGCAGUGAAGUGAUUGGGGCAGUUCAUUUGCCACAAAAGGAUAGUGAUGUUGAUGCAUCAAUCUCUGAGAAAGGAAAAUCGAAAAGUCAAGGCAAAUCAUCCAUUAAAAGAAAGCUAGCGUCUGAGGAUAGUGCAUUUCCAAGUAAAAAAGAGAAAAUACUGAAGAAUUUUGUUGAUCAGAAGCAUGCGACUACUCAUGCGAGCGAAAAUGGUUCAGAAAGCAAGCUUAGUAGUAAGAAACAUAAAGAGGGCAAAGUGAUGUCUAAAGAUUUGCCUAUGAAAGAAAAGAAAACCAUGGCAAGUAUGGCUGAUAACAACUCUCCACAGCUCCGCAAGCCAACUUUCAGGGUAGGAGAGAGCAUCCGCAGGGUUGCUAGCCAACUAAACGGGUCCAGUCCAAUUCUUAAGAAUGGAGAUGGAAUGUUUAAAACUAAAGUGAACAUUAUGCCUGAAGAAUCAAAAACCGGAAGGCUAGAAACUGAGGAGUCUCCUGAUGAAAAGCUGUCCCAGCUCUUUUUGGCUGCCAAGGAUCCCAAGAGAGUAAACAACUCUUCCAUGAUCAGCUUCUUCUCAGAGUUUAGGAGUACUGUUUCCUUAGGCUUGCCCAGUUCAGAAAUUGAGGAGUCUCUGGAGCAUUUGUUUGGAAGUAAGACUGUGAAAAAAUUAACCAAGCGUGGAAGAAAAUCUAACAUGCCCGGGUUUACUGAACUACCUUCACCAGAGUUGAUGAAGGAGUCCUACUGGUCUGAUAGAAUAGUUCGAAGCAUUCCUGAGCCUGAAGAUCGAAAUGAAACUGAGGACUAUCUACUUGCGAAAUGCAGAAAGGAAAAGAUUGGCAACUCUGCCAUAGAACAGCAAAAUCCCCUUGAACAGCAAACUGCUGGUGAGAAUCUCAAAAUGGAAGUGGAGAAGAAUGAUAGUUUCCCCGAAGACAACUAUCCAACGGCUUUGAUUUUGAACUUUACAAACUUGGAUUCGGUCCCCUCAGAAACUAACUUGAACAAGAUAUUUAGCCGUUAUGAAUCUUUGAAUGAAUCAGAGACUGAAAUCUUCAAAAAGAGCAGCCGUGCCAAGGUAGUUUUCGGUAAACGUUCUGAUGCUGAAACAGCUUUCAGUAGUGCAGGAAAAUACAGUACAUUUGGACCCUCACUUGUGAGUUACCGACUCAAGUAUUUAAAAUCUACACUAAGUAAAGCUUCUUCAAGUCCAAAGAAGAGGAGCAAAAAAGUGACUGAAUCUGCCGAAGAUGGUGCAAAUUUGAUCCACCAAACUCAGAAAGCUGAUGAAGAUUGAAUAAUAACAAGUCGUACUACUUGUGAUUAUGGUUUUUAGUUACUCGGGUAAUUUUGUGUGUGGAUGGCUUAAGAUAAAGAACUAGGUGAUAUGCAGUUGGGUUACCUAUGUUGAAUGAAAAAUACUAGGACAGAGGGUAAAACCAAGAUGUGUAUACCAAGUUCAUUUUUUGUUUAAUUGAUUGUAGCUUAGCCACGUUGCAAACAUUUACUGCUUUAUAUUACAAGUGAUAUUUCCAUUAAUUUCA